AUGCCCGCCAAGGCCGCCUCUAAGCCCGUCAAGCCCGCCCCCAAGGCUGCACCCAAGCCUGCCGCCAAGGCCCCCGCGCCGAAGGCGGCUGCCACGAAGCCGUCCACCAAGACCGCGCCGAAGGCCGCCGCCCCCGCUGCCCGUCCCGCCUCCGGCUCCUCCAACGGGGUGUACGUGAAGAACUGGGGUACUGGUUCCGUCGCCGAUGCCACGAAUGUCUUUUCCGCCGCCGGCAAAGUGAUCAAGGUCCAGCUGCGCCGCUGCCGCUACGCCCUCGUUUUCUUCGACAACUCCGCCGCUGUGAAGAAGGCGAUUGACCUCUUCAACGAGAAAGAGGUGCUGGGCCAGACGGUGCUGGUGGUGCCCGCUAAGACCAGCCCGAAGCCGGACGCGCACGAGAACUCCGCGUGUGUGUUCGUCAGCCCCAUUUUCCGCGCUUCGACAACGAAGCAGCAGAUCAUGGAGCUGUUCGCUGGUGUGAAGGUGCAGCGCUUGCGCACGUACCGCCAGAACUACGUGUACGCCUAUCUCAGCUCCUCCGCGGCGGCAAAGAAGUUCGUGGAGGAGAAGAACGGCGUUGAGUUCCGUGGCCACACGCUGCGUGUAGCGCUGUCCGCUCGCUCUUUGGAGAAGCUCCGUGCUCGCCAGGAGGCUUCCAAGGUCCUCAUUGCCGCUCACCGCCACCACAAGGAGCAUGAGCGCCACUAA